AUGGGGUGGUUUUUAAAUGCUGUUCUUGUCCUUGUGAUGGGUCUCCUGCUGGUAGUGAAAGGGUCAAUGAUACAGCUGAAUGGCAAUGGAUAUGAUGGCGUCGUUAUAGCAAUCAAUCCCAGUGUACUUGAGGAUGAAAAACUCAUUCAAAAAACAAAGGAAAUGGUAACAGAGGCUUCUACUGUCCUCUUCCAUGCUACAAAUAAAAGAGCUUAUUUCAGAAAUGUGAGCAUCUUAAUUCCCAUGACAUGGACCUCAAAACCUAAAUAUUUAAUCCCUAAACUGGAGUCCUAUGAGCAGGCAGAUGUCAUAAUCGCUGAUCCAUACCUGAAAUAUGGAAAUGAUCCCUAUACCCUACAAUAUGGACAGUGUGGAGAAAAAGGAAGAUAUAUACACUUCACUCCUAACUUCUUGUUAGGAGAUAAUUUGAAUAUCUAUGGAUCCAGGGGUGGCAUGAUAUGUUCAAGAAACAUUGCUGGUGUUAACAGAGUACUGAAAUGCAGUAAUAAGAGCUGUGCAAUCAAGAUGUGCAAAACCAAUCGAAAGACAGGGUUGUAUGAAGCAAAAUGUCAAUUCAUACCAGAGAAAUCCCAGUCUGCAAAUGCAUCCAUAAUGUUUAUGCAAAGUCUAGAUUCUGUAGUAGAAUUCUGUACUGAAAAAACACACAAUCCAGAGGCACCAAACCUACAGAACAAAAUGUGCAACCAAAGAAGCAUUUGGGAGGUCAUCAUGGACUCUGAUGACUUUAGAAACUUAUCUUCAGUGAUGAGAGAAGACUCUCCACCUCCACCUACAUUUUCUUUGCUGAAGACCCAGGAGCGUAUCAUCUGCUUAGUUCUUGACAAAUCUGGAAGCAUGAGGUUGGGAUCACCCAUAGUUAGAAUGACUAGGAUGAUUGAGACAGCUAAAGUGUACCUAAUUCAAAUUGUUGAAAAGGGAUCUUGGGUUGGGAUGGUCACAUUUGACAAUGUUGCUGAGAUCCAAAAUAAUUUAACACAAAUAAUCCAUGAAAAUGCAACCCAGGAAAUCAUCAGGAAUCUGCCUAAAAACGCUGCUGGUGGAACUUCAAUCUGUGGGGGACUCAAAGCAGGAUUCCAGGUAAUUACCCAAAGUAACAGAAGUACUUUUGGUUCUGAAAUAGUUUUACUAACAGAUGGAGAAGACUAUGACAUAAGCACUUGUUUUAAUGAGGUCAAAGAAAGUGGAGCCGUGAUUCACACUGUUGCUUUGGGACCAGAUGCUGCCCAAGAGCUGGAGCAGCUGUCAAUUAUGACAGGAGGCUAUAGAGUCACUCCCACAGCAAACAUGAAUGACUUCAUUGAUGCUUUCAGCAGAAUUAAAUCCAGAAGUGGUAACCUCUUUCAACAAGCUAUUCAGCUUGAAAGCAAAGGCUUAUCCCUUAAACCCAAGGAGUGGAUGAAUGGCACAGUAAUUGUGGAUAGCACCGUUGGAAAUGAUACUUUCUUUGUUAUCACAUGGACACAUAACAUUCCCAAAAUCUGUCUUCAAGACCCCAAAGGAAAGGAAUAUCACAAUGCAGAUUUUUCAACUGAUAAAGAUAACAGUAAGGCUGCUCGUCUCCAAAUACCAGAUCCUGCAGAGACAGGAAAUUGGAUUUACAAACUUCGAAAUGAAAAUGGCUCCCCUGAAAAUGUAACACUGACCGUGACCACUCGAGCAAAAAGUCCUGUUGUCCUCCCUGUGAUUGCGACUGUGCACGUAAACCAAAGUACAGGCCAUUUUCCUAGUCCAAUGACUAUUUAUGCUCAAGUUAGUCAAGGAUUUUUGCCUGUUCUUGGAGUAGAUGUGAUGGCCAUUAUAGAAACAGAAAGUGGAUUGCAAGAGACCUUAGAGCUGUGGGACAAUGGAGCAGGUGCCGAUACCAUCAAAAAUGAUGGCAUCUACUCAAGAUAUUUCACAAGCUAUCAUGAAAAUGGCAGAUACAGUUUAAAAGUACGGGUACAGGCAAGAAACAAGACAGCCAGAUUAAGCAUGAGAUCACAGCAGAGCCGAGCUAUGUACGUGCCAGGCUAUGUGGAAGAUGGUAAAAUUAAACUGAACCCACCAAGACCUGGAGUCAAAAACAAUGAAAUGGAAGCGAACCUAGAAGAUUUCAAUAGAAUAACCACUGGAGACUCAUUUAUCAUGUCAGGAGUCCCUUCUGAACCCAUUCCUGAUAAGUUCCCACCGGGUAAAAUUACUGACCUUGAGGCUAAGUUCCAAGCAAAUCACAUUCUUCUCUCAUGGACAGCUACUGGGAAUGACUUAGAUAAAGGGAAAGCUGACCACUAUAAAAUAAGAAUGAGUCAAAAUUCCACGAUUCUCCGAAACAGUUUUGAUAAAGCUACUCCAGUGGACACUUCUGGUCUGAAGCCCAAGGAGGCCAACUCCAAGGAAACAUUUAAGUUUAAACCAGAAAAUCUGAAAAUAGAAAAUGGCACCAAAGUCUACAUUGCAAUCCAGGCUGUGGAUGAUGCCAAUCUCAUCUCCGAAGUCUCAAAUAUAGCACAAGCAGUUAAAUUUAUCCCUCCUCCGGUACCCAGUACUGAAGCUCCCUGUCCUAAUAAUAACGGCACUGGCUACAAUAUUAACCUUGCUACAAUAAUUUUGGCAGUAGUUGGAACAGUUGCAACUAUUAACAUAUUUUAA